CUGUCCCUAGAAGAAAUUCGAAUCAGUCCAACUUCUUGGAAAAUGACUGCAAUCCUUAUAAAAAAAUUGAAUGAGAGCAACUUGUUGAAACUUCUUGGAAAGUCACUGUGGUCCCUAGCCUCCGCCAUCAACCAUCGGUCAGUCACGACGAAUCUCGACGGAACUCUGCUGAAAUCAACCUCUGCUCUCGUGUACUACAUGCUCGUAGCGAUCGGUCCAACUCCUCCUCAAUCACACACGAAAUUACGAUUUUCAUCUUCAGCAGCAACGAACAUAAGCAACACUGAGCAAAAUAAUUGGAAGAUUGAGAAGCUACUAAGAGCGAACUACGGAGAAAACUCUUGCAGGAUUCGUCCGCCACCAGCUCGAUGGAGUUAUUUUAACAGUUCUUUUAUUUUCAAAGCUGCGGUUCGUAUUUGUGCUCAGGAGCAGGGGAUUACCAAUCCGUUGACGGUGACGACGGAUAAGAGAGCAAAGGUUAUUGACAAUGCGAGUGAAUCUAAGCAGCAACCGGAAAAGAAAGCAAGAGGUGUUAGUUUCAAUGGUCAAUCUACUAGUGUUGUGCAUCUUCGGAACAUGGAAUGCAAGAGAAUAAUUAAACCUAGGAGGAAGGUGCUUGGUGAACUCAAGGCGCAAACGGUGAACCAUGUGUCUAGGAGGCGCUUAAGAAGCGAGAUCUUUUUUUAUGCAAGGCCCACAGUAUAGAGAGACCAUUUAUCGUGGUUUUAGACAUGUUUUAAGUUAGUCUAGGCUCCUUUCAGACCGUCCUUGUGCCUUGAUGCCAUGCAAGGCUACAUGGCUGCCCUUGCGCAAAUGUCUUGUGCUUUUUGUGACUUCUCUUUCCGCAUUGAAAGAAAUGGGUCAAUUUGGGUUAUGUUUUAUCAAUAACGGGUCAACGGGUCAAAUGAUUUACAAAAAGAUUUAAAUUUAGAGGAAAUAUGAAAUGGAUAAAAAGUGUUUGUGAGUAGACUCAACUAGCCGAAACCUAUUUUGAUCUGCACUAAAUAAUCAGUAGUUUCGACUUUAACCCGUCACCCAACCCACCCGACUCGCCCAUUUUGCCACCUCUCUUUACAGCUGAAUAUAGCCUAGUGUGCUUUAU